CAGAAAAACAAGGAUGGCGACUCGCACAAAUGACGAGUUACCAACCGAGGGAAAUUCCAACCCCAACAUAUCAUUGAAUUACGAUGCAAACAGAACACAAGAUCCACAACAAAGAUACCAAGGUUUUUAUGAUAUUGGGCAUACUGGACAGCCUACAACGCAGAAUCGUAUCUAUAUUGAACAGCAAUGGCCAGGACAACAUGGACCACCCCCUUCGGUAUACGGUGUCAGCGGUAGGCACGGGUAUGGCCUAGUGCCGCAGAUGUACCCUCGACCGGUUCCACUGAUGCAGCAACAGAUAAAUACCCUACAGGCCGUAACUUCCAUUGAACCUAAAAUGAACGUCAGGUUUGACGAUUUGCAAGGGAAAAUCACAGUCAUUGAUAAACGGCUGCAGGAAUACGCCUUUUUACAAAAACAAGAUGGCUUGAGGUUAAAUCAUAUUGAGAAGAUGCUUGCUCGCAUUGACCAGGCAGUAAGUGGGCAUAGUGAAGCCAUCACGGAAAUGCCAUCGAUGCUAGCCCAAGGAAUCGAAUUGAAUGAAAGAAUGUCGGAUGUUCAUCCACAGGAUUUUUUCAACCACCAAACCAUGGGCAUACAUUCAACUGUUGAUGAGAGAUCUAACACCGUUCUAGUGGAUAACCAGGAAAGACUCGGAAUGGUUCCUCAACGAAUGAGUGCAGAUAUUGAGAGAGGAGGCCAUCCAGAGCCCAAAAUGGACUUGUUCAGAACUUGCCAGCGAGGACCAAUUGCAAUGACUGAAAAACAUAAAAGAAUCCUACAAAAGAACCACAAAGCACUAGAGGAUGAUCUGGAAUUUAAUCUGAUUUGUCCACAUUUGUUUGAAGAUGGAAUUUUGAAAGAAGAUGAUAUUGAACAGUUAAGUAACAUAGCUGUCUCAUCAAUUAGAAACAGAACGUUACUCGUGAACAUACUGCCCAAGAGAGGAGAUGCUGCGUUUUGGAGCUUUCGAAAGGCGCUGAAAGAUACGAAACCGUGGCUUGACAAUCUGUUAGAAGAGAAAACGAAUUACGUGACCGCAGAACUAAAAGUGGAUAUAGUGUCAAUUACUGGGCAUAAUGUCAACAGAGAGCGUCUGCAGCGAGCACAUCAGAUAAUAGAGGAACAGGCACCGAUGCUUCAAGAGGCCCUAAGUUUGAUACACCUCACGAUGGAAAGCAUCAAGUCCGGCUGCCUCUUAUGUACGCUGCGAUUCGACGCCAUAAAUGUUCUUGAUAAUUUCUGGGGUUGGACGAAUUCAAAAUCCAAAGAGCCUUCGCCACUUUUGAAGGUAGUAAGAAAUGCGUUGCGGACUAGGGAACUGGAUAGAAUAAUGGAACAGAAUGGUUUUGAAUUCUUGCUCAAGGGAGAAAUGAGUGCCGAACAGUAUUUUGAGAAAAGAGCACAGCUGUUGCAAGAUAGCCAAUGCCUUCCAGUCAGGUCCGCAGAUGAUUGCCUGCAUCCGUAUGUUGGACGCUCUGUCUUUGAAAAUGAAACGGAAGAGCGUCUUUCUGUUAUUUUGUAUAAAUUACAUAAGCAAGCGUAUGGGGAAGACACAGUCCCAACUUUCACCAUGUUUCUGAACCGCUUAAGCGAUAGUGUUAGGGCUCGGCAGAAGGUGCUUCGACUGCGAGGCCUUUCAUCAAAUUUGCUUGUUUCCUACACCAAUAUGAAACGGGAUUGGGAGAACUUAACUGCUGAUCGUGUCGAGAAAGAUCUUGAACUACAAGAGCUUCGAGAAAAGCAGUUGGCCAGUGCAGGGAAUCUGAGUGAAAUUGAAUAUCACCGACAGCAACUUGCAAAUUCUGAAAAAAGCUGUGAAACAUUAAAACAGCAAUUAGAGGAAACAUCUGCAGAAGUUACUGCCAAAAAUGAAGUCAUUGGCCACUUACAAAGUCGUCUGAAAGAUAUGCAAAUUCAAAUUGAUGCCCACGAACAACAAACAAGAAGCACACGUCUUGGUCCAGUUGAUCGGGUAGGAAAUCUUCCUGCCGAGGAAGAGUCGUCGCUACGCGAGACGCAGAUGCUGCGUGAACAGGUGCAGAAGCUUCAAGCAGAUAUUAAAGAAAAAGAUGAACGGUUAACCCAGUUAGAAGGGAGAGUUGACGGGAUACGACCUAUAUCUGGCGAAGGAGUGCUGUAUACAAAUCAACUCAACACGCCGCUUAAACAUGGAGAGAAUUUCAACAUGCCACAAAAUAAUUUAAACACAAAGGAGAUGCAACUUUUAGAAGAAUAUAUGCUUGGUCCCAAAGCCGGAGAACAAGGAGUCCGAGACAAUUUCGGUGCAAUUUUUAAUAAAGAGAAUUUUACACAAUUCCAAGGGAAAGAAGCUGAAUCUGGGGACACGUAUAAAGAAGGCAAUAAAGAUAUAGACAUCGAGCAAAGAAAUCAGAACUCGCCAGCUGCACCAAUAUCUAAACAGGAAGGCGCCACUGAUACUACCCUCAACGUAGUGGCAGCUGCAUCAGAAACGGAGCAAGCUGCAGUAGGUGGGGAGAGUACCGAGACUAAUACGGAGGGCAGUGAGCCAGGUGAAAAGAAGAUAAGACGCAGCAAAGGCUUGGACACGGUAAUAUGUAUUGACACAUCUGGCUCGAUGAAGACAGCCUUUCCCAAAGUUAAGGACACGGUGUUGCAGAUAUUAGCUCGCAUGGAGCACGAUGCCACAUAUUAUGGGUUUGAGGAAAACGUGUCCAUUGUUCAGUGUGGAGGAGACGGCACCGGUGUGGUGGUACCGCUGACUUGCGAUUACGACAUGGCGCGGAGGGGAUUUGAAUUCAUCACUACUGGAGGAAUGUCGCCGCUGGUGCAAGGCUUUAGGGAAUGCCGAAGAGAACUCCAAAAACACUCCGGUCAGCUGGUGGUGUCUGGGUUCAAAGUUGCCCCACGCAUUAUUAUGUUCACUGAUGGUCUACUCAGUGACGACAGGGAUUUUGGCACAGAAGAUGUCCGCCACGCUAAACCUAGGGCCAUUUAUAAACUGAUGGAAACGAUUCAGUUGUACUCCACUGACGUCGACUAUUCACGAAACAGAGCAAAAAUUACAUUCAUCGGUUGUGGAGAUAGAGAAAGGAGCGUCCUAGAUCCAGUGACAAAAACAUGUAACGGGAAAUAUUACGACAUUGAAGACAACUCGGCUAUGAAGAAGAUAGUAGGUUACUACAGGCGACUGGUUCAGGUGUGCAGGUUUGCUGCCCCGUUUUCAGAUAAGGGUGCUAUGUACAGUAUGAUUGCCGAAAAAGAACAAUUCAAGAAUUGGUUUAAAGCCACUAAAGGCAACGAGCUUUCAGAAGAGGACAUGACAGAUUUUGAAUUGGACGAGAUGUACGAGAUCUUCAUUGGUCUACAAGAACAGCAGGCACAAUCAGAAAGAGAACCAGAUAUUGAUGCACAAGGGGAUCCAGAGGUUCGCAGGCAACUCCCACUUGGCACGCGAGUACAGCGAGGACCAGAUUGGAUGUGGAAUGACCAAGACGAUAACGGUCCUGGCACAAUCGUAGGAUAUGGCAGGCACCACACGGUAAUUGUGCAGUGGGACAAAAACAAUACCAAAGCUCGGUAUCGUUUCGGUGGGUCUACGGGUAUGUAUGACGUCAUGGUCACGGAGCAACCCCGAGUAUUAUCCCCUGAUGAAAUGAUAGCAGUCGGUGUUCACGUUAUGAGAGGUCUAGACUGGCCUGAAAAUGACAACAGCGACGGUGGGCCCGGUGGUCAUGGCAUCGUUUACAAAGUAUGCGAAAAUGGAAAAAUUAAGGUGCGUUGGUCCAAUGGGAAUACAACUGACUGUCGUUUUGGCUACGAUGGCUUGUAUGAUGUUAUUGUAUGCACUGAAGAAGAAAUGCAACAUAACACACCACCUGACUCUCUUGCCAUUAAAAAAUGAACCAUCACAACAUGGUGUGCAAGCGUUGAACCAUUGUCCGAAGUUCAAAAUAUUAGCAACUGCGGGUCUCGCCUUCAUUUAGCGAUUUUGCAGGGACAGGCAUAUCUUUUUUCCGUUGAAUGUGACAACAAGUGUGACAGUCUGAGAUGCUUACAAAAAGAAUUUCUCACGUUGAUUUUGGGAUUUGUAAUGUUAUAUGCAGAGGACGAAUGUUUUGUGCCAAAACAGAGCAAUCCUUGUGCUUAUUUAAAAUUGUAUUAAUCAAAGGUACACUAUACCUGUUUGAAAAGUUCACUUAAUGAUAUUUUCUGUCUUCAUAUUCUGAAAAAAUACUAAUAUUUUCCAAUACAUAUUUUAAAAUCAUAAACACCCUCAAAUGAAAAUACCCGACUUCUAUAGUUUCUGAACACGAAGACCUGGCGUUACAAAAUGUCUAGCCAGUCGUUUAGGACUAAAUAAUAAGAUUUUAAAAAAUGGAAUAAAACAUGUAAUGCAAGUGCAGGGGUGGGUCUAGCAAUCCUUCACAAGCAG